GAUUUUAACGUAUGUUUUUGUAUGAUUUUAACGCUUGCAGGUACAAACAUGUCGGCCGAUACCAAGAUCGCCGAGCUGCUCACGGAGCUCCAUCAGCUCAUCAAACAGACCCAGGAGGAGAGGUCACGCAGCGAACACAACCUGCUCAACAUCCAGAAAACACACGAGAGGAUGCAGACGGAAAACAAAACGUCCCCGUACUACCGGACCAAGCUGAGAGGCCUCUACACCACGGCCAAAGCAGACGCAGAGGCCGAGUGCAGCAUCCUGCGUCACGCUCUGGAUAAAAUAGCAGAGAUCAAGUCUUUGCUGGAGGAGAGGAGGAUAGCUGCUAAGAUGGCGGGGGUCUACAGCGACAGCGACCCUCCCAGGAAGACGAUGCGUCGCGGCGUCCUGAUGACGCUCCUCCAGCAGUCGGCCAUGACGCUUCCUCUGUGGAUCGGCAAGCCGGGGGAGAGUCCCCCCCCUCUGUGUGGAGCGACCCCGGCCAGCAGCGACUACGUUGCCAAACAGGGAGACAAAGUGGCAGCGAGGGUGAAGGCCGUGGACGGAGACGAGCAGUGGAUCCUCGCUGAGGUGGUCAGCUACAACCAUUCCACCAACAAGUAUGAAGUGGAUGACAUCGAUGAAGAGGGAAAAGAGAGACACACUCUGAGCAGACGGAGGAUCAUCCCUCUUCCUCAGUGGAAGGCAAACCCAGAGACCGACCCAGAGGCCCUGUUCAGUAAGGACCAGCUGGUACUGGCCCUCUACCCACAGACCACCUGCUUCUACCGGGCCCUGAUACACACGCCUCCACACAGGGUGAGUUCUUCUUCUUCUUCUUCUUC